CCCUAGUGAGUAUUGUAGUAGGGAAGUACUCGUUAGCGCACAUUGUCGUCAGCGGUCGGCGCACCAACUCCGCGAGCAUCCACUAGUCUCUGUUGCGUACGAGAUCUGGAAGACCGAGGAGGAGAGUUCAUUCCGCUACAGUCAUCCAUGGCUCUGUGCAACGGAGAAACCAAGCUGGACAUCAGCAGCGUUGAGCCUCAGAAUGGUUCAUGUGAGGGGGCGGUGGUCAUCCUGGACGCCGGGGCUCAGUACGGCAAGGUGAUUGACAGGCGGAUCAGAGAGCUGUUUGUCCGCUCAGAGAUCCUCCCACUAGAGACGCCAGCCUUCGCCAUCAGAGAACAAGGCUUCAGGGCGAUCAUCAUCUCUGGUGGUCCUAACUCUGUGUACGCUGAGGAUGCCCCCUGGUUUGACCCGGCCAUAUUCACCAUUGGAAAGCCUGUCCUGGGUAUCUGCUAUGGAAUGCAGAUGAUGAAUAAGGUUUUUGGAGGGACAGUACACAGGAAGAGUGUGAGAGAGGAUGGCGUGUUCAACAUCGGACUGGACAACACCUGCUCUCUCUUCAGGGGCCUGCAGAAAGAGGAGCCGGUGCUGUUGACUCAUGGGGACAGUGUGGACAAGGUGGCCGAUGGCUUCAAGGUGGUGGCCCAGUCAGGGAGCAUCAUUGCAGGUAUUGCCAACGAGCAGAAGAAACUGUACGGGACCCAGUUUCACCCGGAAGUGGACCUGACAGAGCGGGGCACAGAGAUAUUACGUAACUUCCUGUUUGAAAUCGCCGGCUGCACUUCCAACUUCACCGUCCAGAACCGCCAGCAGUCCUGCAUCACAGAGAUCCAGGAGAAAGUUGGCAAGUCCAAAGUACUGGUUCUGCUGAGUGGAGGGGUGGACUCCACCGUGUGCACGGCCCUGCUGAACAAAGCUCUGAACAAGGAGCAGGUGAUCGCGGUGCACAUCGACAAUGGCUUCAUGAGGAAACGAGAGAGCCAGAGCGUUGAGGAGGCCCUCACCAAACUGGGCAUCAACCUCAAAGUGGUGAACGCAGCACACACUUUCUAUAACGGUACGACAACCCUGCCCAUCUCCGACGAAGACCGGACGCCACGGAAACGCAUCAGCAAGACCCUCAACAUGACCACCAACCCUGAGGAGAAGAGGAAGAUCAUCGGAGACACCUUCGUCAAGGUGGCCAAUGAGGUGAUAGGGGAGAUGAACCUGAAGCCGGAGGAGGUGUUCCUAGCCCAGGGCACCCUGAGGCCAGACCUCAUAGAGAGUGCUUCUCACCUCGCCAGCGGCAAGGCAGAGGUCAUCAAAACACACCACAACGACACGGAGCUCAUCCGCAAGCUCAGAGACGAGGGAAAAGUGAUUGAGCCGCUGAAGGACUUCCAUAAGGAUGAGGUUCGGGCCCUGGGCAGAGAACUGGGACUGCCAGAGGACAUCGUCUGUCGACACCCUUUCCCUGGUCCCGGCCUGGCCAUCAGAGUGAUCUGUGCAGAUGAGCCCUACAUCUGUAAGGACUUUGCUGAGACCAACAACAUCCUCAAGAUCAUCACAGACUUCUCCGCCAUGGUCAAAAAGCCCCACACGUUGCUGCAGAGAGUGAAGUCGUGUAUAUCAGACGAGGAGGAGGAGAAACUCCUGCAGAUCACCAGUCUACAUUCACUCAAUGCCUUCCUGCUGCCGAUCAAGACCGUGGGAGUCCAGGGUGACUGUCGGUCCUAUAGCUAUGUGUGUGGGGUCACUAGUAAAGAGGCUCCACACUGGGAAUCCCUGAUGUUCCUGGCCAGACUCAUCCCUCGCAUGUGCCACGCCAUCAACAGAGUUGUGUAUGUAUUUGGGUCCCACGUGAAGGAGCCCCCCACAGACGUCACCCCCACCUUCCUGACCACGGGCGUUCUCAGCACACUCAGACAGGCGGACUUCGUGGCCCACUCCAUCCUCAGAGAGUCUGGUUACUCUGGGAAGAUCAGUCAGAUGCCCGUCAUCCUGACCCCGCUGCACUUCGACCGCGAUUCCUCACAGAGGCAGCCGUCCUGCCGGCGCUCUGUGGUCGUCAGGACUUUCAUCACCAGUGACUUCAUGACCGGGAUACCCGCCACGCCCGGAAAACAUAUCCCCGAGGAGGUGGUGCUGAAGAUGGUGAAUGAGAUCAAGAAGAUCCCUGGCAUCUCCCGGGUGAUGUUUGACCUGACCUCCAAACCUCCCGGUACCACAGAGUGGGAGUAGAGCUCAUGGAGAGAGAGAAGGGAGGUGUGGUGAGCUGCUCCUCCUCCUCCUUUCUUUCCCUCUCCUAACACCUCCCCUUCCCAAUCUCACCCUCCUCUCCUUUCGUUCCCUCUCCUAACACCUCCACACUCCCCUGACCUGCCCCCCCCCAACCUAACCCCUCCUUUCCGAUCACCCCCCCCCGUAGAACAUUCCCGUGGAAAACAGGCAGUACUGUGACCAGCGCACACUUGAAGCUGCCACUCUGCCCCUCCCCUCCCCCUUCAUUUUUUGGGGGAGGGGUGGUUGAAUAGAUAUGAUGACUAUUCAUCCAUCUUUUUUGGAUCCGUUUCUUCGUGCGUGACAAUACAUUUUUCUUUUUUUUUUUUUUUUUUUUUUUUUUUUUUUUUUUUUUGGUGUAAGUUCCGCUUCCUGUUUGGAAACAGCCAGUUGAGGUCAAGAGUUCAGGAGUUCAGGAAGUGGAUUGUGUACACGGUAUGCCUCAGAUUACAGCGUGAGACCAACGACUGAAGAAAGCGAAAAACGACAUACUUGUAUAACAUAACGGAGAAGGAAGAGCAGCAACUAGCCAGUGGUUUAAAAAGUCAUCCAUCGUUUUUUUUGUUGUUGUUUUUUUUGUGCUUUUUUUGUUAUACUUCUGACGGGGUUUUUUUUUGUCCCAAAAGGAUUUUAACUCAUCCAUUUACCUUUCAACUGUAUACUGUACAAAGAGACAGGGAUUGCCUGCCCAAAGUCAUUCAGCAGAGAAACUGUGACCAAUUAGUAUUUUUUAUUUUUUUUACUUUUCAUUUUGCCAAAUGUAGACGAGCUGUGGUGAAAUUAAAUCUGGGUUAUUAUCUCUUGUUAACGAUCCACUUAAAUCAAAAUGGUGAUGGUUAAGCUACCCGACUGCGGUCAACAGAAAAUAUUAGUUUAUUAUCACAGAUGUGUGACACUGUGUGGGAAAUCCCCAAAAUGACGAGUUGUCCUUUCUUUGAGUGCCUGUUUCUUUGGGUGCCUGUUUCUUUGGGUGCCUGUUUCUUUGUGUGCCUGUAAGCCUGUUUCUUUGGGUGCCUGUUUCUUUGGGUGCCUGUAAGCCUGUUUCUUUGGGUGCCUGUUUCUUUGGGUGCCUGUUUCUUUGGGUGCCUGUAAGCCUGUUUCUUUGGGUGCCUGUUUCUUUGGGUGCCUGUAAGCCUGUUUCUUUGUGUGCCUGUUUCUUUGUGUGCCUGUUUCUUUGGGUGCCUGUUUCUUUGGGUGCCUGUUUCUUUGGGUGCCUGUUUCUUUGGGUGCCUGUUUCUUUGCUCCUCCUUUGUUUUUGUUUCAUGUUUCUUCAUGUUUUUCAGAGAAACAAGAGGACUGACAAUGAAUUCAGAUGUUAGUAUUGUCUAAUUGAUGUGUGAAUGUCAUCUUUGUUGUUAUCACCUCCUACAGGUGUGUAGGAGCAACGUUUGCACAUUUCUCUUUUUACCCAUAAAGCCAUGGUGCUUUCCUGACGCGAAGGGAAUGUACUUCCAGUUGACGGAUUUUAAAACUCCAAUCACGGAGCACCCCCCCCCCUUUUUUUUUAUAGUGUCAAAGGUCAAAUUGAAGACCGGCAGUGGCCGUCUUGAACGUUUCAACUACCAGAGGAGUCCUCAAAUAGGCAUUCCCAGUAACCUGGUUCUGCGAAUGCUUUCAACAUUCAUGUAAUGAGAUCGUCCUCAGCUAGUCCAAGGACUCAGCGUUUUACUGGGCCUGAAACGAGUCGUCUUAAGGACCCCUGUUUGCCCCCAUGUCCAGCCUGUAGGUCAUCUUUUACUGUAAUACUGAUUUUACAUGCCUCUGUGUUUGACUUUGUACCCCUCACCUUAGAUAUUAUUUAGUUAUAAAAGCAAAAUACACAAUGCAAAAUGAAUCUGUACGUGAAACUGUCUUAUUUGCAACUUGUUCUUAACGUCUCUCCUUCUGUGUUGUCUUUUACUUGUGUAUUUUAUGAUACACAUGUUUACUUGGGAAAACAAAAACAACAAAAAACGGCUUUAAAAUUUAUGGGUUUAAUUUUAUAGUUGGAUUUUACUGCAAUAUUGAAAUGAUUAAGUUAUGCAAUUCUGUCAGAUAAUGUAGUUUUUAAAAUGAUUGACGCUCAUUUUUCCUCAGUAACGUGCCUCACAACGAGCCGCUGCAUGCAGUUUCACGAUGACAUUUGUAUAAUGACAAACCAAGCUUUAAUAAAUAAGUCCAUGUUGAAUCUG